AUGGAAACAUUAACAUCGAAGCAUUCGUCUAGUUUUACAGCUGAAAUGGGUUUGAAAUUAACUCACAACAUCCUUCGAGUAAAAGAUCCAAGUGAACUCAUUCAGUUUUAUCAGAAUAAUUUUGGAAUGAAACAUAUUGAUAUAUCUACAUCGUCGCUUCCGUACAAUGUUAAUAUAGUGGGAUAUACAAAAAAUUAUGACGCAAAUUUUAACGAAACUUCGAAUAUAUUGCAUUACCCAACAUUACUCGAAUUUCACCACGAUGACUCACCAACGGCUACUUCAUCUUUUGUUAAUAGUGGCGCUUCACAAGUUUAUUGGAAGCUUGGUAUAACGCUACAUGAUGUUGAUUAUGCACGAAAAUUUUUACAAUCUAAACAAGUACAUGUUGGCGACGCUUUACAAUUUGAAGAUAUCGGUUAUGUAUGUCACUUGAAAGAUCCCAACGAUUUUUGUAUUGAACUAUUACAACAUGAUUUCGAACAGAAAUUCAAAGCUAAAACGAACACAAGUGAUAAAAAACUACCUAAAGAUAAAUUUCCAUUGGGAUAUCCUUGUUGUAUUGGUCAAAUAACCUUACAGGCGAAUGACAUAGAUAAAACUCAAAGAUUCUACCGAGAUCUAUUGGGAAUGAAAUUACUAUCGAUACAAGAAGUACCAAAAUUUGGUUUCACGCUAUAUUUUUUUGCCUGGACACAUGAAAACCCACCUCAAUCCGACAUCAAAGAUGCUACUAUUAAUCGUGAAUGGUUAUGGAAACGUCCCUAUACAACCAUUGAAAUAAGACAUUUUCAUAGUUCAAGACAAAUUCCACCUUUCAGAGAUUUAAAACAGAAUGAAAUUGGUUUUGAAGGUAUAAGAAUUAUGUGUAAUGAUCUGAACAUGUUCAUAGGCAAAAUGAAAGCGAAUAGUAUCCCCUUUGGAGAAUCCAACGGAACCUAUGGCAAAGAAAUUGUAAUUCGUGAUCCUGACAACGUACCAAUCUAUGUUUCGCAAAAUAAAAGCGAGCGAUAG